AUGGCCCCCGCGGCGUUCGACACCUUGUUGGGACAUGUUCGGGGAUCCAUCGAACGCAGGGACACACGCUGGAGGAAAGCCAUCCCUGCGAGUGAAAGGCUGGCAUUGACUCUCAGGUUCCUGGCCAAUGGUGACACGUUUCGGAGCGCCUCAUUUAACUUUCUUGUUGGCCGCUCAACAGCCAGCAAAAUAAUUAAUGAGACAUGCGAGGCCAUAUGGAACGGCCUCCAGGGGCAGUACCUAGCCUUUCCGUCGACAACUGAAGAAUGGAGACAGAUUGCAUCUGAAAUGGAAACAAGAUGGCAGUUUCCCAACUGCAUUGGGAGCAUCGACGGAAAGCACAUUGUAAUUGAAUGUCCAGCCAAGUCUGGCUCGCAGAACUACAACUACAAGGGAACCUUCAGUGUAGUCCUCCUUGCCGUCUGUGAUGCUCAGUACCGCUUCACCUAUGUUGACAUGGGGCACCUUGGCGGUGAAAGUGAUGCUGGGACCUUUGCCCGUUCAAAGCUUCUGCAAGUGCUUGAAGCUUGA